UACCGGGACCAUCGAUCUUCUCUCCUUUCCACCGUACAUAAUUCAGUUAUGUGAAUCCAUGGCUAUGUGUAAAUUAGGAUUUAUUUUUGUUUAAAGAGUGCUUUGUGGGGCUUCAGUUAUCCUGCAGGUCUUGGAACUUUCAUGCUUUCCCUGUGAAUGGAUACUUCCUUCUGACCUCAGGUGGGACUCAGGAAUGUGUUCAAGAACCGUGACAGGACUAAAAAAAAAGAUUUGCUUUGUUACAAGUAGUCAUCUUGAUUGCUCCAAUAACCCAUAAGCCACAGAUAAGAUGACUCUUUUCUACUUUAGACCUCUGUGUGGCUUCUUACACAGUGUAAGAUGUUAUCACUAAGACUCCCCAGUGCAGCCUCACACCCUGGAGCAGCAGCACUGUUCUCUCACCACACCACACCCAUUCUCAGCAGAAAGCACAAAAUCAACUUGGGACAUCUAUCUGGGGCUCCCUGCCCACCCCCGUUCCCCGAGAGCUCUGGGUAAGAGUAGAACAGUUUCUUCUGGUUGUUCACCUUUUUCCCCAUCACUGUGCACCCGGAAGGCAAGUUUUUCUAAUCUAGUUCGUGAAGAAGUGCUUCAUCUGAUAGCAAUCACAGUUCAGUUCCCCCUACUGUAUUCACGUGAUGUGCCAUGACCACUUUGCUUGACUGACAUUUUCUGCAGCAGCAGCACAUGCUUUCCACAACAAAUUGAAUGGUGAUGGAAAGUGAAUUAUAAGGAUAUUACUUUUGGUUUGUAGUUUAAGCUUCUAACUUUACCAGCUCCUGAGUUAGGAGCCUGAUUUUUCUGCUUCCUGCGUACUGAGAAAGGAGACAGAAUUCAGAUGAUGAGCCUCUUCUGUCUCCUUUGGCUUGGCGUGAGAGUUGAACUCCUAAAUAAACAACGUGAAACGCUCCGUAUCAGAUAUUUUGACAGCAAAUGAGUAACACUGUGUAGACACAAGCCUGUAUUCCACUUUUGUAAGAAGCUGAACAUAAGGCAUUACAUGCUGCUGGAAACCAAAACUCAGUGGUUUGCUUCAUUAAUGUGUUUUUAUUGUUUAUACGUUAAAAACUUUGUAACUCACAUAAUCAUGUCUAUUCCAAAUGGAACACAAGAAGCAAAAGCAUCACAUGGUUAUUAAGAACUGCAUUCACUCCAUGUUUUAGAAUACAAAAGUUUUAUUGUUUUGAUUGUAAUCCAACUUAAUCUUUUUACUGCACCAGGAAAUAACUUGCAUAUCUUGUGAAAGAUCUUUAAGACUACUCUAUAGAUAGUUUAUGCAGAGUUACUACACCUAAAAUAGUCUCCUCUGAGACACAGACUGACUUGCUGAGCAGUAUAUACGUAAUGUUGCUGCCUGUGCCAUAGCUGUUGACGAGACAAACUACAAAGACCAUAGCUUUAAUAAGCAUUAACCUACUUCAAAAUUUCAGGAACAUCAUCUUUGAUCCUGACAGCAAUUUCAACAUAUAAAUAUACACAUUCAUUAAUAUUUCCACAUGUUUGGGGAUAGGACCUGAAUAAAUAUACAGGAAAAAUGAAGAGAAAAUACCAACAAUGUUAAGCAGAAUAAAAAACCCCAGCAAAUAUAACUGUUUUAAUAACUGUGUAACUCUAAUACAUAUUACAAUCACAGUUAAAUAUUUCCUUUCUUUGACUCAAUCCUUAAAAGGAGGAAGGGCAGAAAUGUUCAAAGUGUCACUGAAGGACUAAUUAUCUUCUAAUGAUACUGCUGCUGACAAUUACAUUUAAUUAAAUUAUUAACUAGGUGUUGACUAAUUAACUAGGGCUUUGUAAGCAUGAAGCACUCUGAAUAGCUGUUAUUAUUGUACUGCUUGUAACUAAAUACCUUUGCUAGAGCAUGUGUACACAGAAUUCUGCUGCAAUCUCUGUGAGCUGAUAGCCCAAUUAUGCCAUUGCCACUCAUUGCUCAUAAAACGCACAAAGUCAUAUGCAACAUUAUUUCCCUCACAGAACUGUAAGAAAGAUAAAUUAUAUCCAAUUACUAGCUGAGAACAUGACAUCAGAUCCAGUUGUUUGAUUCCCCCAGUAGGCAAUUGCGUACAUUUCUGUGUUAUCGAACAUUUAUUUUAUCCAAUUUCUUUUAAGCCUAUAUGGAAAUUGAGACCUUCAAUACAGCAGUAAUAGCAUGAAAUGGAGUAUUUUGAAGGUGCUCUGUUCUUACAAACUGUUUGAUGUGGACCAAAUCCUAAACUGCUGAAGUCAACAGAAGAUUGAGUAGACCGUUGGAAAGAGGUCACAUUCAAAAGAAUAUAAAGUGCUGAGAUCUCAUUUCCAAAGGAAAUACUUUCAUUUGAUAUCCAGGGAACACGUACAUAUAAACAAUUCAGAAAUAUAAUUUAAGGAGUAAGACAUAUUUGGCCUUAUUUUUACCCCCUUAAUGUAAGCCUUGAGAAUAAUUCUUGGCUUCUGUUUUUCCUCAAAGGACAACAAGGUUUUAUUCAAUUCACUAGAUCUGCAUGGAAAUAAUAUUUUAGAGUAUCAUUAAAGAGUUUUCAUUGGAUAUGCUUUUCUUCAUACAUAUUAUAGGAUAUUAGCACAUUUAUCUGGAUCCGACUAUCUGUUGAAUCACCAGUACAGUAUUUGAAUUGCCUGAUAAUGUUUAACUUCAAAAAUUAAUUCCAAUAUACUGUCUCCAAAUAAGUUCUGUAUUCAGUUCCUGUAUAAUAUAAAAGAACAGACUAUAUUAUCAUCUAUCACCAAUGUAAGCUCAACUUAGUUCUGUUGGCAUUUGAAUAGAUUGAGGACAAAAGUCAACCAUCCAUGUAUACUCAUUACUCAUAUCAUGCCCUUUAAUUCCAUCAGGAAAAUCACUUACUACGAUCAUCUGAUUUUUACCCAACAGUUACAGCAUCAAGAGUAAAAAGCAUUAUUGAAAGAUGCAGCUUUAGGCAAAGUAGGAUAAAGUCAGCAAAACCGAACCCAUAACAUCCUCCCCAAGUAACCGAGAGUCAAAAUGAAGUUUUUGGCUCUAGGUAGCCACCAUUUACUGAGUGCCUUCACAGCUUCUUUCUGCAGCUGUCUCUAGGCUCACUCUCCACCUGCUCUGCAUGCAUGACCAGGGAGGGAGGGAGGUGACACUAAUGGAAGAUUAGAGCCUGCCCACAGUCACCUUCCUGCUGCAUGUAGUGCUCAUCUUCUCAGGGCCAUGGGUGGUUUGUUUUUGUUCUCUCAUAGGUCAGCAAAAAAUGCAGUCUUGGUGACAGAACUACGGAUUCUAAGUGCUCCCGAUGACUUACAUUACAGACAGUUAAAAAAUGCCUAUCUUUGAUAACUUGCUUGAUAACAACUCCCAUCAUUGCCAUUAGUCAUGUCUACAUACUUCCAGGUUUAAUUUGUCCUGCUCAGACUUCCAUCCUUUCCUUAUCACGCCUGCUAUAUUAGAAACCCCUUAUGGUAGAAGGAAUUUGUUCACGUACAUAGUAAUAGACAUUAGUACUGCUCUUAAUCUUCUGUUUAAACAGACUAACUACGGUGAGCUCCUCCAGUGGAAAUCAGAAGCCUCAGUAAUGAAGCCUUGUUCCCCCCAGGAGUUCAUAAUAAACCUCAUCAUUUCAGUGAGAGAGUUUCACCUUACUGAUUUUAUUGAGACAGGAUUUCACUCCAUAUCUUUUAAUCUAAUGAGAGGGAUUAGGAGUUGCAAUGCCACAUCAAAUACUCACAGGCAAUAAUAAAUAGUAGUGAUCAAGAUUUUGCCCAUCUAAAUCCUUGUAGUAGGCAUGCAACAUAGCGCACAGAGUGGAAAUAAGAGUUGUGGUUGGUUGUUUCUGGUUCCGGUGUGGGGUUUGUUUUUUUUUUUUUCCUUCCUCUGGGAUGCAGGGUUCCUUUACUAAGGAGACAAAUAGACAGACAGACAGAUAGCUCACUCUGGAUAUAGGACCCCUCCGAGCAGUAUUAAAAAUAUUUUUGGAUUGGUGCCCUGUAGAUUUCAGCCAGAUUGCUUUGAAACGUGUAGUUUUACAAAGAAAUAUUAGGAUUUUUCCAGAAACCAGAAACUGGCACUGCAGUGUUUUCUUUGUUGCUAACAGUUGACAAAGACUCCUGUUUCAAAGACUACUUAUGACAGUAACAGCAGUAGAAGUGGAGCAAGUAUCUUCUGUGACUGCUAAUACGCAAAAGCAGAUAUAAAGUCUCUUUGGUGUGUUUCAACAAACUAAAAGACAAAAAACCCUUUUUCAUUCAUUGUUCUUCAAAUCAGCUCAAUGCAAUAUAAUCAAAAAGCACUUUUCCCCGUGGUUAAGACACAGCCCACCACAUCUCAGGUCGUGCUGUAACCUGAGGAAAGCCUGGGCCACCACCUUGUAAUCUGUAUCUUGAAGAAGGCUGUAAGCUAAUAUAAUUGAAACCUACCUUAAAGUGAUGGGUCAGCAGAUGAUUGAAAUUUUUGGGAAAACCUUUUCUUCGGAGUAUCAAUUUCUAAACUAAUUUAGUUUACCACUAAUUUAGUAUACCACAAAGGAAAUCUCUCUCUGUUGGAAAUCCAAGCAUACACUGAGGUAGCAAUUAAGCAGAAAAUAAAACACAAAACAAUAUCCUAUCAUACUUAGAACAAUUGGAAAGAAGGGAUACAUGGAUCUUGACAUUUAUAUGGUAAAAACUCCCAGCUUCCCCACAUAAAACUCUCCUAUUUUUAUGACACUCAUUGUUCCACACAAGCUAUCUUUAAUAUUCUAAUUAGAAAUGUUCUUGGUUUGUACAGUUGGUUUAAAAUGCUAUUCAAUACAUGACAAUACCUGGUCAAAUAAGAUAACACUAUUCUUUAAGCAUAUCACACUUGUUAUCUUGCUGAAACAUGACUUCUAUUGUUACAACCUGCUAAAACAUCACUUUUAAGCAGAAGGAAAAAAACUCAGCAAAGAAAUAAAGUGGAUACUGAAGUCCAAAGUCAGAUGUCACAUCUUUUUUUUUUUCCUUAUGAUGAAAAUAUAACUCUUAAUAUUUUCUGUGGACUUCUGGCAUGCACAUUACUGAGAAAGUGCAUACUAUAGCUUUAGUUUCAAGUAUAUCCUUCAUAUUGCACAUAAUUUGCCUAAAAUAGAGGGAAAUCUAAUGCUAUUUUAGAUGCCUCAAAUAGUUUAGAUAUUCUAGGGCUUCGACUAAACUUUCAGCUGAGUCCCUUCUACUUUUCCCUUUCUGUAAGUCCCUGCUGGCCCUAUAGAACUAGAAUACUAUUGGCAUGAAAUGUGUAAGGUCACAUGCUAAUUUAUGGAAGGACAGGUUUCAUUCUGCCAGUAUAGAAAGUCCUCAGCCCUAAGACAGGUAUAAUACACCAAGCAGGUGUUUUAACACAUUAAAUCACAUCUGAUUGAUCCUUCCAAGUAUCUAAAAUAGAUUUGAACUGGUUCUCCAAAACAGGUGUUUUUCCCAUUUCUAGUCCUUUGACUACUGAAAUCUUCUAUUGAAAAGCUGGAUCCUUAGACAGAAUUUUUUUGAGAAAGAAAUAAGCAUUGCAUUAAUCCCUAUAUUUCAUAAUCCCAGAGAGGGGGAGAUGUUCAUUAGGCAACGCUGGUAAAGCUUCCCUGGAACUUUAUUUCCUGUUGGAGAUACUUCACUUUAAGAAAAAAAACAUGGCCUGUUCAGAGUCUUCAGGGGAAACUAAAAAGAAUGUUCAAAGGCAUGAAAAAAGACCUAUGAAAAAGAAUGGAAAAACUAGUUAUUUAAAACAAGUGAAUUUAAACAAUAGUUAGAUGGUAAGUCCAUUUAAAAAAAAAUCCAUAAAAAGCUUUGCAUUAAUAAAGGGAACAAUUCUUCCUUUUCUCUCAUGAUGUAAGAGAGAGGAGCCCACAAGUGAAAUAAGUUUGUAAGUUCAAAAUAAAGAGCAGAUAAAUUUUCCCUAAGCAGAUAGUUAACCUGUGGAUCCUAUUGGCCCAGAUGCUAUAAACAGCAAAAAAGACUACCUAAAAUCUGUACUAGUUAUUAGCAGUCUAAUCCAGUAAGAGUCCUCUAUAUACUUCUAAAGGGGUAAUCUGUUCUCUAAGUUCAGUGGGUAAGACAAGAACAGAUUUGUAUUGCAUUACAAAAAACCCCCACAGUUUUAACUUUAGAAAAAUCUUUUAAAAAAGUUUGAGAAAAAGAAGCAUUGGGAAGAUUAGAGGUCUUUAAAGAGUCAGGAGUGCUGCAGGUUUACAAGAAUUUGCCCGGAAGAGUUUACCUCGUUAGAUGUUCUCUUAAAUGUUUCCCUUUCAGGAAGCAUCUGCUACAAUAAUGCUUGAAUUGUUUAACGAUUGUCCCAAAUUGUAGCUUCUGCAUGUAACAAGGCGGUAUAUUUAGCCAGGUAUUCACUGUGUUAACUGGCCAUUAGUCAGGCAAAUUGUCCAAUCUUCGGUGAAAAAUAAAGAGCUCCAGAGUUUUGUUUGGUGUGUUCAGUGACAAAAGAGGGCUUUAGGAAGACCCUGUCAUCACACAUUUGUUAGAGCCACCUACCCAUCUCUAAAGAGACAGAGGUAAACUACGUUUGCGCCCUUUUGCUUACAACGUACAAGGCUGUUUAAAUCUUUUGUUCAAUGGGCUAGAAAAUGCUCUUCCAAAUUAAAGACUUUUUUUUCGAGGAUUUAUGUCCUUAUAAGCUGAAAAAAUUUUUCUACAAGACAUGCUGUAAAACUGCAGUAACCAGUGUUUCCUAAUAAUUGUUGCAUUGUUAUUUAGCUAGCAAAGGAAACAAAGAAAUAGGUGUUUUGUCAGAAAAAAGAACAUAAGAGCAUAUGACAAAGUUUACUUUUCAUUGGUUUUACUUGUUUGCAGUCAAGAACCUAUUGCACAUUCCCUAAAUCUUGGGCUAUAAAGCAAUAAACCACCAAUUAAUGAAGGCCAAACGAUGCUGUAUCUAACACGGGCAACAGAGAAGGGGUUUUUGUAGUUCGAUCUUCUGCUGGUAGUUUUCUACUCUAAUAGGGAAUUAAAGACACAGAAAUGGCUAUGUUAAUGAGUAAUGGUAGUGGCUAUCAAGGGCCCACCUUUAGAGUGAAACGGUGCUGAGGACCUAGCCCCCCCGCACCAUAUGCCAUUCAGGGGGUUUAAUUUCAUACUAGCUUUAAUUUGCUGCCACAGCUCAAACGCUAGAACGUAUUUGGUGCUUUGCUAGCUUAUGCUUUUCAGCUCAGUCUUAUUCAAAUGAAAUAUUCAGUUCAUAUGCUCUGUAACUGCUUGAUUAUAUGAACCAAAACAACAUUUAAACAGGUGAGAUAAGGAGCUUCCAUUCAAAAAGCAUGUUUCUGGUCUCAACUAAAACCCUAACAUUAGCAGCUUAUUUUCUGGUCUUGAUUCCCCUCCUGGGGGUUUGCUAUUCACUACUAUCCUGCCUUGGGAAGAGUCUCAUUCCAGUACUCCACUCAAACAAGGAUGGAUGAAGAAGAAACAUGGCAUCUAGCCUGUUUAUAAUUUACUCGGCUAUGAUGAAUGCUAACAACAGUACCAAUUGCUCCAAAGAUAACUUCAAAACAAGCUAAAGAGAGGAAGUGCUAUAUUAGUGAGACUAAAUGCAGCUGGCUGGAGGACAGAUAGCCAAAGAUGAUCUACACAUGAAUUUUGUAUGCCACACACUACAUUUCAUUCCCAUGUUUUUUGUUUGCAGUAUCACAUUACAGCCCAUAACAUUAUUUAGUCUUUCUGUAAGAUUAGAAAUAAAGGAAAAUAAUCCAACCAGAUCUACUAUUUGGCUCAACAUCUGGGGACUACUUAAUCAAAGCACAAGAGUUCUUUCAUGUUCUUGUUCAGGACCCCGCCAGAGGUACAACCCAUGACCCAACCUGGUUUUGUACUCCCAGCCACAGGAACACACCUGAUUGUACCUCCUGGCCAGCCUUGCUCCUUAGGUUUGCCCCAAGCUUCCACAGCACUGUUUCCUAAACAAAGAGCUUUUCAGGCAUCAAAAAGUUAAAACCUGGCUACAAGAAACGUAUCAAAUCCUAUUUCUGAUAACUAAAUUCCAUUUAAUCUAUUCAUAAUCCCUCAAAUACUACAAAUAUUUGUCUUUGAUUAAGAAAAAAACCUCAAACCCAUGGGGUUUGGUUUAAAUCCUUGAAAGGACUGUCCCACCGAGUGCCUGGAGAUGCACACAUGCUCCACACCUCCCCUUUAACUGGCCCUCAAGCCCGAGACCGCAUCAACUCUUUCCUCAGGGAAAGGUGGAGGCAGAACAGGCCCGAGCCAUCGGAGCCGCUGACUGGGCUCUCCCCACGGGCCGCGCCGGCCGGCAGCCCCCGGGACACGGCCUCCGCGGCGGCCAGGGACGCCGAGCAGCCCAGCCUGAGGGCUAGGCGCGGCUAGCGCGACACCCGACUCCGGGCCCGGUAGACACAAGGCCAGAUAGAGGAAGAGGCGCGGCGCGGUGGCGGCCCGGCUGCGAGGGGGGCUGAGGGCGGUCCCAGCCCGGCCCACCGCGGCCUCGGGCCGCCCGCGGCCGGCACUGCAGUCCCGGACAUCGAUGACUCGGCGCUCAAAGCAUCCUGAGUGUCCUUGGAAGCGCCGCCGCAGCGCUAGCGCGGAACCCAUCGAGGAAUCGGCGUUCGAUUUUCAGCGGGGGUCUCUAUACCCGCGGCGCCAUCUUGGCGUAGGGGUGGGGCGAUACCGGUAGUAGCGAGCUGCGCGGCGGGGCGCCCCGGGGCCUUGGCGCCGCCGGCGGGAGCGGGCGGAGGGCUGCCUAUUCCCGUGCCCGCUCCCUACGUCCGCUUUGUCGGCCGCUUGCAGUGGUGACCUACGGGGGGAAGGCGGCGGCGGAGGAGGAGGAAGAAGAUGCCGGGGAAGCUGAAGGUCAAAAUCGUGGCAGGGCGCCAUUUGCCGGUGAUGGACCGCGCCAGUGACCUGACCGACGCCUUUGUGGAGGUAAAAUUUGGAAAUACAACAUUUAAGACAGAUGUGUAUCCUAAAUCACUUAAUCCACAGUGGAAUUCUGAGUGGUUCAAAUUUGAAGUAGAUGAUGAAGAGCUGCAAGAUGAGCCUCUCCAGAUCACAGUUCUUGAUCAUGAUACCUACAGUGCUAAUGAUGCCAUUGGCAAAGUGUACAUAGAUAUUGAUCCUUUGCUCUAUAGUGAAGCGGCUACAGUUAUUUCAGGAUGGUUUCCAAUUUAUGAUACCAUUCAUGGUAUACGUGGGGAGAUCAGCGUGGUGGUGAAAGUAGAUCUCUUCAAUGAUUUAAACAGAUUUAGGCAGUCAUCCUGUGGAGUCAAGUUUUUUUGCACUACAUCUAUUCCUAAGUGUUACAGAGCAGUAAUAAUUCAUGGAUUUGUGGAAGAACUUGUAGUUAAUGAAGACCCAGAAUACCAGUGGAUAGACCGAAUUCGUACACCAAGGGCAUCAAAUGAGGCUAGACAAAGACUUAUUUCACUCAUGUCAGGUGAAUUGCAAAGGAAGAUUGGCUUGAAGGUGCUUGAAAUGAGAGGAAAUGCUGUUGUUGGUUAUUUGCAGUGUUUUGAUUUGGAGGGAGAGUCUGGACUAGUUGUGCGAGCCAUAGGAACAGCCUGCACGUUGGAUAAAUUAAGUAACACAUCAGCAUUUUUACCUGCAUGUAACUCCCCAUCCAAAGAAAUGAAGGAGAUUCCCUUCAAUGAAGAUCCCAAUCCCAAUACUCAUUCAUCAGGACCCUCCACCCCUCUGAAAAACCAAACCUAUUCCUUUUCACCUUCCAAGUCCUACAGUCGACAGUCCUCUUCUUCUGACACAGAUUUGAGUUUGACACCCAAAACUGCACCUUCCCCCCAGGGACCUAGGAUUUUCCUGUUUCCCAGCUCCCCUACACUCUGUUGUGAUUCCCCACAUCUUAAAAAGUCCUGUCACCUCUUCUCGGGGUCUAGCCUUAACCCUCUACACCCUAGCCAUGUCAGCCCAGUUGUUCUGAGGAAAAGUGUUUCUUUCACUGAAGAGCUGCUUCUGGCUGCUUCUGGAAUGGGCAGUGGGAGUGCUGGAAAAGAAGGGGGGCCAUUUAAAACUCUCUUAAGACAACAGACUCAGUCAGCUCUGGAACAAAGGGAAUUUCCAUUUUUUACCUUGACGACCUUUCCACCAGGCUUUCUUGUCCAUGUUGGUGGUGUUGUCAGUGCACGGUCUGUGAAGCUCCUGGAUCGCAUCCACAAUCCUGCCUUUGUCGGAAUUAUGGGUAACACAAGAUCAUACAAACUGCUAGACUGGAAUAGUUUCAAUUCAGAUGAACCAGAGACACGAGAUGCAUGGUGGGCAGAAAUCAGACAAGAAAUAAAAUCCCAUGCCAAGGCAUUGGGUUGUCAUGCUGUAGUGGGCUACAGUGAAUCAACUAGCAUUUGUGAAGAGGUCUGUAUUUUGUCCGCGUCUGGCACAGCAGCUGUACUGAACCCUAGGUUUCUUCAGGAUGGCACCAUGGAAGGCUGUUUGGAACAAAGGUUGUCAUGGCAGCCUGGCUUCUUUUCCAUAGGGUCAGAGAAGGGAGAGGUUGAUUUUUUUCCUCAGAGCCAAGAUAGUUCUUCUCUAUUAGGGAUUGAAGAAGCUUCACCACCAGGUUGUGGAUUUUGCCACAUACCGUAUGAUGAAUUGAACAUGCCAUUCCCUGCUCACCUCACUUACUGUUACAACUGCAGGAAGCAAAAAGUUCCUGAUGUCCUUUUUACCACAAUUGAUCUUCCUGUAGAGGCAAUAGUUAUUGGGAAGGGAUGUCUUAUUCAAGCCAGGUUAUGCCGUCUAAAGAAGAAAGCUCAAGCUGAAGCAAACGCGACAUCUAUCAGUAAUCUCUUGCCAUUUAUGGAAUAUGAAGUGCACACCCAACUGAUGAAUAAACUUAAGCUGAGAGGAAUGAAUGCUUUAUUUGGGCUGAGAAUUCAGAUCACUGUGGGUGAAAAUAUGCUAAUGGGGUUGGCAUCUGCAACAGGGGUGUAUCUAGCCGCUUUGCCAACACCUGGUGGUAUUCAGAUUGCUGGAAAGACUCCAAAUGAUGGCACCUAUGAGCAGCAUAUAUCUCACAUGCAAAAGAAAAUAAAUGAUACGAUAGCAAAAAACAAGGAACUUUAUGAAAUUAAUCCUCCAGAGCUACCUGAAGAAAUCAUUGGGUCUCCCAUUCCAGAGCCAAGACAACGUUCCAGGUUAUUAAGAUCUCAAUCAGAAAGCUCUGAUGAAGUUACAGAGCUAGACCUUUCACAUGGGAAAAAGGAUGCUUUUGUCUUGGAGAUUGAUGAUACAGAUGCAAUGGAAGACGUACAUUCUUUACUGACAGAUGUUCCGCCACCUUCUGGUUUUUACAGUUGCAACACAGAAAUUAUGCCUGGUAUAAAUAACUGGACACCGGAAAUUCAAAUGUUCACAGCAGUAAGAGUAUCCAGAUUAAGCAACGUUAACCUAACGAAUCAAACACUUAAUAAGAAUUUUAAUGAUCUCUGUGAGAAUCUGUUGAAGAGCUUGUAUUUUAAACUACGAUCUAUGGUUCCCUGCUGCCUUUGUCAUGUAAAUUUUACAGUUGCUUUACCAGAGGAUGAAUUAGUUCAGAUUGCAGUUACAGCUGUUGCAAUUACAUUUGAUAAAAACCAAGCGUUACAAGCCAACAAAGCCCCUACAGAAAAAUCACAACAAAGAGCGUCUACAGACAAUGAAGAACAGCUACAGUUUCCAUUGGAACUUUGCUCUGAUCCACUUGCUUCUCAACCAUUCUCACCAGCUAAAGAAGCCCUGGAGGGUGCAAGUUCCCACACAGGUAUUCCUGCUGCUCAGAGAGUGAUGAAGUCCCAGUCAGGCAGUUGGUUCACAGCUGGGACAUCACCAGAAAUCGCAACGUCAAUUGAUUACAGUUCCUUUGCAGACAGAUGCAACAGCUGGAUAGAGCUCAUUAAACUGAAAGCUCAGACCAUAAGGCGCGGAUCAAUUAAGACAACUGCUUCACUUGAUAAAACAAGUCCAUUGGCUGAGGGAUAUUUACGGCACCGUUCGGUUCCAUCGUGCACCAAUUCUACCGUCUCGGUUGUUAAGAUGACACCUCUUUCUUUUCUACCUGGGGCAAAAAUAACCAAAUAUCUCGGGAUAAUCAACAUGUUUUUUAUACGAGAAACCACUUCUUUGCGUGAGGAGGGUGGUGUCAGUGGUUUUCUCCAUGCAUUUAUUGCUGAAGUGUUUGCAAUGGUGAGAGCUCAUGUUGCAGCUUUAGGGGGGAAUGCCGUUGUCUCAUACAUAAUGAAGCAGUGCGUUUUUAUGGAGAAUCCAAACAAAAAUCAGGCCCAGUGUUUAAUAAAUGUAAGUGGCGAUGCAGUCAUCUUUGUACGUGAAUCUGAGUUAGAAAUGUUACCAGUACAACCUUCUACGGUUGUUUCUCAACCCACAAGUUCUGGAGGAGAUGUCACAACGUGAAGACAGAAAAAGUGAAAUAGUCUCUGCCAAAUAUAAAGAUUGUUUAAAAUGUGGGAAUUUUUUUGGUUUGCAUCUUCAAAAUCUGUAUCUCCCCAUAACAUUAAUAGCCAAAAGCCAAGACAAUCACUAUUCUUUGUCCUUUAUGUAAUAGUCAGGGCAGCAUAUUGGCAGGUACGCUUUAAUUCUGUUACAAUUACAGGCCCCUCUGAAACCUAGGCAGAAAAUGAAGCACUGAUAUGAAAGUAUGGAUUAAAAUAGUAAGCAUCACAUGGAACUGUAAAAGUAAACAAAAAUUCUCUCACACUUUUCAGCUGUUUACAGGACCAUGACAAGUUAUAAUUCAGAACUGUCUCUGAUUUUGCAUAUUGUAUUAGCUGAUUCUCAGCUCAGUUUCAAAAACAAGAGGGGUCAGGGUGAGUGGGAGAUAACUGAGAAAAGCCUGUAUUAGCAACCUUUGCUGAAGGAGCAAGAGAUUUGUGCCCAGGCUAAUAAAAUGUGAGGUGAAGUCUGAACUUGUCUUAGUGCAUAGAGCUUGAAGAGGAGGAAGCAGCACCAAAAAGUCACAGUUUGAAUUUCUGCACAGAAAAAAUAUUUUUCAACUGUUUGUGAACUGCUGGUCUAUUUUUUUUUAAAUUACUACUACACAGCAAAUGUUUUGGGGGUGCUUUUGUUCAUCUUUGUUUUUUAAAAGUUGCCAGACCACGAUACUGUGUUCCUAGUCAUCCCUAUGGUUUAAAAAAAAAAAACAAACCAAACCCCCAAAACCCAAGAAGUUCCAAAGUGUGUUAGGUGCUAUGAGAAGCUGUCCACUUCAAUAUUGACAUAACAGAUCUUUUUUUUAUAUAAAAUUCUGUGAAAGGAUUGUCCUGAGGCUUAUUUUCUUAAGACAUGAUCUCUUGCUAGGAUGACAUAAACAGCCCUCCAAAAACCAGUUAUACAGAGGCGAGCUGCAGCCUCACUUGCUGUGUAACAAGUGGGAAGUGACUGGCUAAUUGGAGAUGUAUGGAUGUCUGUGGUGCUGAUUUCUGCAAGUUCCAUUUUGGUGGUUUGUUUUUUCUUUUUUUUCUUUUCCAGUACAGUAGCUGGGAAAUGAGGGUACUGCAAAGAAAGGAAAUUUGUCAUUUCCAGUAAAUGUCUGAAAGGCAGUGAUAUUUUAAUAUAAAAAAUGCAAACUUUGAUCUGAAGAUGCAUUCUUACUUAAUUCUGACAAUAUCGUACAUGAAACUUGAAUAAACGUGUAAACUUGAAUGUAAAUAUUCUGCUUAGUGUUGAAAUUAAGCAAUGGCAUGAUUAUUUGUUAAAACUAAUUAUUUCAUUGUAAAUGAGCAUGAAAAUCAUUCUUGCACAAUAAAUUUCUGUAUAAAAGUUACUGCCUUUUUAUAUGUGUAAUAGUUAAAUGUGUAUGCUGGAUACAUAUUAAAGAUGUCCCACCCCCAUU